ACCACACUCAACAUUCAUCGUUCGUGCGAGUUCGAGGGUGUGCGCGCAUCACUUUCAUUCUCUUGUCUCUUCUCUCAGUCUUCUCCUCCCCAAUUCUUGCGAGCAGCAUCAAAUGUCAAUUCAUAAUUUGUUGUUAAUUGCCGUGAACUAAUUGCGCCAAAUACACGCCAAGAUGGUGAAAUAAGUGCGCCCUGCAUCCAUCUGCGCAUAAUUUCGCAUCCACGUCGAGUGCCAACAAGAUGUACUUCUCUAUUCCUGACACGGAAGAACUCAACGACGGCAAUGGUUCUACAUAUGUGGCCUAUAACAUCCAUGUCAAUGGAGCACACCACUGCACAGUUCGAUAUAAACAACUUCACAAUCUUCAUGAACAGCUCAAGAGGGAAUAUGGUAUUGAGAGACUGCCAAUAUUUCCUCCUAAGAAGUACCUACCACUCACAGGCAGCCAGUUGGAGGAGAGGAGAUUACUUUUAGAGAAAUACAUUCAAAUAAUUGGUCAGGAUUCAAAUCUAGCUGCAUCUGAACUCCUGAUGGGUUUUUUGCUCUCCGCGCAACAGGAAACAACGAAAGAGACGAAGCAAGAGGUGAAAUUAGAUGUGUACACAAUGACAAAUCAUCAGAUUGCACUGAAAGUGUUCACAACUGAUAGAACACAGCAGGUGCUGGCGAAAGCGUGCAGCGCAAUCAAUCUGCCACUCGAAUACACGGCAUACUUUGCGCUGUUCUUAGUCAAGAAGGAGGAGAAUGGCGAGUUGGUGAUAUUGAGGAAACUGCAGGAUUUCGAGUCUCCCUACAUAUCUCAUAAGUGUAUUAGUCAAAGCAACAAAAUUGUGAUUAGGAAAAGUUAUUGGUUGAAUGAUUACGACACAGAACUAAUGGACAAUCCGGUAGCAUUAAACCUACUCUACAGUCAAACAGUAUGCGAUAUCGAAAGAGGAUGGAUAUUAUGCACAAAAGACAUGAAAACGCAGCUGGCGCACUUCCAGGCGCGGCUCGCCAAACAAGACUACAUUGAACUGGCACGUUCACUGCGUUACUAUGGCUACAUUCAAUUCCAACCAUGUUUUUGCGACUACCCAGUGCCAGGAACAAAAGUUCUGGUUGCAAUCGGUGGUCAAGAACUCAGUUUGCGACUUAUCAGCGGUUCCGUCAUCAAAGAAGGAUGUUUUAAAGUUACUCGAAUGCGAUGUUGGCGAAUAACUGUCACGCAUAAUAAGCUCAAUAACACUGCCGGAAACAGCAACAGCAGCUCAAUGAACUACGAUCUUGAAUUGUCUUUUGAAUAUUUGAUGUCUAAAGACAAUCUGAAAUGGAUAUCGAUAUCCAGUGAUCAGGCGAUUUUGAUGUCGAUAUUUCUACAGAGUAUGGUCGAUGAAUUACUGCUGGUUAAAAAUGGCGUCAUGCAGAAAGCACCUAGCCAGUAUAGAAAUAGUUGGUCGUAUAUGCGACGUGAUGGUUCCAGUCAAGUCAUUCCAAGAGAUGAGACUGAAAUCAAUGCUUCGAAUGCAUCUGGAAACAAAGUUGACAAUGAAUGUCAAAACAAUUCGAAAUUCCCCGAAUCUUUUUCGAUAAAACGUCUCCAAGAAAAAUUUUCAAGCGUAUCCUUCAAAUCAGGCAAAGAAUUCGUGGAAAAUCACGCAUUUGAAGGCAUCGGCGACGAUGACUUGUAACAAAGGUAAAAAAAGGAAUAAAAACAUCACAUCAACAUGGGUAAAGAACCAUCGCUCAAAGCCUAAUACAUAUUUGUUACACCCGACACUGAAAUUGAAUACUCUCUAGUGGUAUUAGUUCUUUGCAGUGGUGAAUGCUCAGAAUCUCAUUUAAAAAUGUCAAUAUUCAUGUUAAUUUGUUAAUUGUAGUCGCGUUUACACUCCCCAGCAGCUAUCUUGCAUUUAGAUUGCAUUUACAAAGUAUUUACAAGCAAUUAUUCUACUUGGUUUGGUUAUAGUUAAGAUUUUAUAUCUUAUCCCAAGCAUAAAUGCAGUAUAACAAUCUAAAUCAGCUAACAAAUGCAAUAAAAUCAUUUCGUUUAGAGUUUUACACUGCAUUUAUGCUGUUUUUAUAUUUAAAAUGACAAUUAGAGUAUAUUUUUAUUCAUCUGUGAUUAUUCCAUGUUAGGUUAUGUUCAAAUCCGAUUUUAUAACGACAAUAACCUCACACGAAGCAAAACGAAAUUAUUUUUGCAUAAAUAGACAAAGCUUCACGGAAAAUCUAUGUAAUAAUUGCAGCUAGUUUUGUAUUUUAUCAUUUGAAUUAAAUUUGGAAUGGUAUAACACACCGGAGAUACAGAUCCGUCCCAUUAAAGAAUAAAAACUAACAAUUAUAUUGAAAACUAUAAAGACCUAUUUAAAAGAAAAUCAUAAAACGUAACUAAACUAUGAGUAAUGCAUACAUUUAUGUAUAUUUAAGUAAUCUCUUCAAUUAUAUUAAUAUUUUACGUUAGAACAAGAGGAAUAUGUCAUUGGUGCCAAUUAAUUAAACAAUUAAACGUUCUUGUUGCAAUAUUCUAAAGAAAAGCAUAAACUACGGUUGUGUAGUCAUUAGUUUAAUAUAAUUCUUGUAAAAAUUGUUUGAAUUUUGUCUGUUACAUCAGUUUGCACUCAUUGACACGACACUGCAGCAAUUGCAACUCUCAACAAACUCGAAUCCUCAAGAAAGCAGCUUGCAAUAUUAAUUCUAUUAAUAUUUUUAUGAAUUAAGCCUAUUGUUUGAAGGUUUGGAACGAAAAUCAUAUGUAUAAACGUGUUUUAUAUACUUGUAGAUGUAUAAAGAUGGUUUUUAUUGUAUUUUUCUAUAUUGAUUUUAUUUCAUGUAUGUGCAAUGUUUAUUUUUUAUCUCAGUUUGCUUCUUGCAAGUAAUUAUGUAUAUGAAAUGCUCUUAUAUGAAAAGGGAUAUAAUUGUUUCAAAUAUAUAUUUAAAUUUUAA